AUGGAUCGAGAGGCUCCUCAACGGGUAGCCGUUGUUGGAACCGGCCUCGCUGGUCUCACAGCCGCGUAUCUUCUUCAGAAUGAUGAAGAGCAACGGUAUGCUGUCACAUUGUUCGAACAGGCCGAGAGUCUCUCAUUCGACUCAGCAUCGGUUGCGAUUCGAGAUGAAAAAUCCGGCAACAUCGAGCGGAUUGAUUUGCCCAUGCGCGCACUUGCGGGAGGCUACUACGCCAACGUGAUGCGCAUGUACGACCAUCUAGGCAUCCCAUAUCAUCCGAUUCGAUUUUUGUUCUCAUUUGCCAAAGCGUUGCCAGGUCGAAAGGUUGAGGGGACACCUGCGAAGGCUAAAGAGGGGGCGGGCAGAGCGCCUGGAGAGUACUUCGUCCAUGCUUCGAAUCUGCAUCAAGUUCCCCCGUGGCCUGGGAAUCGCGGGGUCAUCGCGCAUUUUGUCGAGAUUUUGUACCUGAUCAUAUGCCAGUUCUGGUUCACGGCUGCGUGUUUUUGGGUGCACCCAAGGACGGAGGGCUCUGACGGAGGAGAAUCAUUGGAGGAGUAUCUUGAGAGAAUCUGGCUCCCGCGCCGGUACACGACACAUUACCUACUUCCACUAAUCAGCAGCGUGUCCACAUGUACUCACGCCGAGAUGCUGGCGUUCCCAGCAAGCGAUGUGGUCAACUAUAAGAAGAAGUCACACGGUGAACAACACUACACUGUUUGCGGAGGCGUCCAUCAGGUGGAAUCAAGGCUGGCGGAGGAGAUGAAGGAAGUGAGGUUGGGAGCUCGCGUGACGCAGGUGACGACAAUCGCCGACGGGAGAGUAAAGAUCCACUGGCAAUCGACACGCGACGGGGGAGUGUCAACAAUGGAGGAGGAUUUUGACCGGGUGGUUCUUGCCGUCUCACCAGACGUGGCCGCGAGGAUUUUCACACCGCUGCGGAAGACUCUCGACAAGAUUCCGACAAUCCGCGUGGAAAGCUCUAUCCUGCGCCCAGCCAAUUCAAAUGCGACCGACAUUUUCUCUGUUAUCGACGAUGAGACGAGUCAUCCGAAGGCCUGCGCCCAUCACCAAGGAAGCAGCAUGCCGUCCCAAGUCAUCUGCCUGCGAACCGACUUCGGACGGGAGACGAGGACUGAGGCUUUGCAUACCAUGCCUGGAGGAACGGUGGUGAGCACUUGCCCGCUGGAUCCUGCGGCUGAGGCGAAGAGGGUGCUCCGAACGGCCAGGUUUACGCGAACAUUGAGGACAACGCAGAGCCGAGCUGUGGUUCAGCGGAUCAUUCGUGGCAGCGGGACAGUGGACAAGAAGACGGAUAAGGAUGCGAAUGAGAUCGGAUGGAAGAAUGGAGAAGACAAUGUUUGGGUGACUGGAGCCUGGUGUUGGGACGGUAUGGUCCUGCUUGAGGGAUGUCUCAUCUCUGCCAUGAGAAUAGCGGAUGACUUCGGUGUGAAUGUGCCUUGGCGGGGUGAUGGAGCGAGGAGAUGA